AUGGAUCGCAUUGAAUGUUCAGCAGUAUAUAUCGAUCAUCGGGUUAGCUCAGAGCGAUGGGUGUCAAUCGACGGAUCGGCGGAUGCCGUGAACGUUAACACUUUUCUGACUCCCGACGAGCCCGAGACGCUUCGGUCUGACGUGAAGCUAUUGCUGGGAGUUUCCGAUCGCAUUUACCUUUGCCAAUCCGGAGCUUCUCUCGCAUCGAAAUUGGCCGAAUGUAACGACCGGGCCAUGAGAUCAUGUUCUCCCGUCUUCGCAUUCUUCGAUAUUGACAUGAAUGGUGACGAGUCCGGCUUAGCUCGGCGCAAGAGCAGCCGGGGCUCGUGGCCAGAAAUAGCUCCUCCCUCGCCGACUUCCUUACAUCGCCAAUUCACGUUUUCGUCGCAAUCCGAGGGCACCUACGAUUUGAAGCUGCUUUCCGGGUUAUCCGCCGAUAUCCAGGUCCAAGAGUCUCCGAAUCUCAUAGUGCCAGUCGCAAUCCUGCGCUCGCCACAAGGCGGUCCCACCAGCGCCCCCACCGAUGAACAGCGCGGCGAUGUGCCGAUUCCGGGGGCCCAGCAGAUUUCGAGAUGUUUAGAUGCCGGCGCGGUGGACGUUCUAGCGGCUCCUCUGGAUAAGGCCAGGGUGCAGGGCCUUAUAGUGCACGCUUAUAGGAUUCGGAAAUCUGCGCUCAAGGAGCAGUCGCGGUUCUUGUCGAGGAAGAAAUUGCGCAAACACUCGUGGGUGGGCGUUCAUGAUGAGCAGCCCUAUGCUUACUUGAGAGAGGCCAUGGUAUCGAAGCUGAUGAAGGGCAUCUGCAAUCCCGAGGAGUUUAUAGAAGAUUUUCAAGAACGGGAAUUGGACAUACGCCCCGAUCGCUUGGAACUCAUCAAAGAGAAAAUCGGGACAUGGUCGUAUGAUGGUCAUGAAUUUUCCGACGAUGAGCUUGUGCAAGCCGCUUUUGAAAUGCUCCAGCACGCCUUCACGCUACCGAAUCUAGACCACUGGCAUCUGACGCCGGAUGAACUGCUGGAAUUCUUGCUCGCCUGUCGCACCUCCUACAACUCUUUCGUCCUCUAUCACAACUUCCGGCAUGCCAUUGAUGUUUUGCAGUCCGUGUUCUGUUUUCUGCUUCAUAUCGGCGCCCUGCCGCCUUUCGGGUCCGUUUCUCAGGAGCAUGCGUCUGUAUCGCCACUCGCAACCCUUCUGACGCCUUUCGAUACUCUGACAUUGUUGAUAUCUGCGAUUGGACACGAUGUCGGCCAUCCCGGUGUGAACAACUUUUUCUUGGUCAAACUCAAUGCGCCUUUGGCCCAGCUGUACAACGACAACUCGGUCUUGGAAGCCUUCCACUGCGCCGCGUUUUCGCAAAUCCUACGUCGCUACUGGCCCGCAGCUUUCAAGGAUAAGCAACUCCGCAAGCUCCUGAUCAGCUCCAUCCUCGCUACCGACAUGGGUGUUCAUCAAAAGUUCAUGGAGCGACUCGGAUCGUUACAAGAAAAGUUCCACGAGAACGGCAAAUCUCUGGAUGGGUGGAAGCCGCAGGAUCUCGACAUGUACAAGACCUUACUAUGCGGAUUAUUGAUCAAGUGUGCCGACAUUAGCAAUGUAGCACGCCCAUGGGAGGUCGCGGAAAAGUGGACCAAAAUCCUGCAGGAAGAAUUUGCCAAUCAGGGCGAAAUGGAGAAGGAGGUCGGAAUGGAAACGGCGCUGUUCGGUGGUCCUCCGGAACUGGGAAAUACUUUCAAACUUGCCACGGGCCAGAUCGGAUUCAUGUCGAUAUUCGCUCUUCCCCUCUUCGAGGGCGUGGCGGACAUCCUGCCCGGCAUGAUAUUCACGGUUGAACACAUUCGCAACAAUUCGUCUAAAUGGCAUCUCCUCGCCGAUCUGGAGCGAAAGAAACAGGCGCUGCGCGGUGAGAUUAACCCUGAGGAUGUGCUUUCUCCUCGCACGCAGAGCCCGGCGACGAGCAUCAAAGGGCUCCAAGGUCUCCGCGCACCGCUGGCGACCCCGGGGCCUGACACGCCGGUCAAGCCAGUGUUCCCGCCUACUGCCACAAACACCCGGAACCAGGCCAAUGAUUACUUUGGAUCGGUUCGUUCGUCGUCGGUAUCCACCGCGCGGUCUGAAGAUAGUCUGAACGAAAACGCCAUCAGCCCGGUGAUGUCGCCAGAUACGCCUGGUCCGUCGAUGGAUAUCACCGGGCUUUCCUUCCCGUCCGACACGCCGACACGAAAGUCGUCCAGUGCCGUGCCUGAUCUUGCUAGGAUGUCCAUCGCCGAAGCCUCUCCGGACACAGAAAAUGGCACGACGCCGGUGCCGUCCAAUGCUCAUGCCGACAACCACGCUGCCGCCGACGCGAAUGGUUCCUCUCCUCGGGACCCAGCGGUCUUGGCCACCGUCAUUUAUGCGCAGGAAAAUCAAGAUCACGAGGGUUCGGUCGAGGGCGCAGGGGAAAGACCGGGUAGUUCGCGCAACGUGCCCUACCGUCGCCACCACGCCAACACUGGCUCAUCCGGCCGUACUUCUGGCCCGUCGAGCUCCCAGCGAAACAGUUGCACUCGGACGCACAGUCUCAGCAAUUACAGCAACAACAUGACGCCCAUAUCUCCUGCGACGAACGCCACCAGCUUCCUCACCGUGGAUAGCGGUGACGAGAAGGGUCUUUCCCAAGAGGGCAGCCGGGGCGACCAGGACGACUUCGGAGGGGACAGCAGCGCACGGCCUAGCUCUUCAAGUUUCCACGAGACUAGUGGGGAGAAACAUCCCCGUUUUGCCAACAGUCCAACCUCCCAUCCCACGGACCACGCCAGCAAUGGUCAUCUUCACUUGAACUCGCCGCGGAGAGAAAAUGGAGUUGGCAGCUCUCAUUCUACAUCGACCAAUGCGAGUAUGAAGCAUCAUGGCCAUGAUCAGCACCAUUGGAAUGACCCGGCCGGCGGUGAGCAGCAACAACAACCGCAGCAGCAACCUCGCAAACGCCGAAGCCGUCUCAGGUUAGCCUUCUGGAGGCGCAAAAACCACCAUUCGCAUCAGCACGAACUGAGCGGCGAAUCAUGA